AUGUGUAGUCCAAACGUUAGCUAUUCAGCCAAAGAUGCUCGAAGGAAACUUCUCCAGAUGCCACUGGCAGCUGUUGGUGAUAAGAAGUUGGGGACAUAUUGUUUCUACCUAGUGGAGAAGAAAAGCCAUACAAACUAUAGAGUUUUCCAGUCGCUGUUGCAUGAGACUUCCAAACGAGAUUCCAAACAGCAUAUGACUCAGGAGGAGGUUAAGAAGCUAUUUUUCUUGCUGAAAGCGAAUCUGAAAGAGAACGGCUUAAGUAUUCCAUUGUAAAAUCAGCUGGAAUCUCAGGUACAGAAGCGAAGAAACGAUACGGUUUUGGAGACAUUAAUAAGAGAGUUGAGCAGGUUGAGAAAGCUGCCCAAUCAGCACAAGACAUAAUGAACUCAAUAGAGAAAAUCGCUCAUUUGAAAGAAAAAGGAUUGCUAGAAGCUUUUGGAAUACCAAUAUCUAGUGAGUAAAGGUUCAGAAAGCGAGACUGACCGAGAAUUAACAGAUGAAGUAGCCUAUUUGCCUGGCAGCGAAAAUCCUAAAUCUGCAAAUGAUAUCACUACCAGUACAACAUCAACAAUUAGGAAUGCAAGUUCUGACAAUUUGUUAAAUAUUCUCAGAAAUAGUGAUUACAAUUGGCUGGAAUUUGUGAACUUAGCACAAGAAAAUAUGAAGGAAUUACAUGAAACUGCAUUUCAAGAUAGUAUUUCAGACUUUUAUCAUAAACUGCCUUUUCUUGGAAUGUCUAAUUCAGAUAUGCAAAUUGUACAACAAUCGCACCAAGUUUACAUUUUGAAUAAAUCUAUGGAAGAGAGAGACCAUGCCAUUCAAUCUGGCAACAUAGUUUCCGAGUCGGAUGAAAGCAGUAGUGAUAAUGAUAUUCGCAAGAUUCAGAGUCCUUUUGAUGUUCCUGGCCAGUUUUUGAUCACGAAAAGAAGAGAUGCAUUACAUAUAAAAGCCACCAGAGAUGUCAAAAGAAAAAUUGCGGAACAACGCUUCUUAAAGCGACGGAAAAGUAAAAAAGUAGCCAAGAUUCUGCAAGAUUGUCCGGAUAUAGGAAAAACGAUUGAAGUUUUGUUGAAAGAUGUGGAGCAGGCGCUGACGCAUGGCGCCAGACAGGGCUAAUUACCUUUGACGGGAACAAGAAACUUGAAAAGAAGGCAACGUUCAAGCGGGUCACGGAGCAUUUAGAAGAAAAAUACCAAAGAAGUAUCUCUUAUGGAACGGUUGUGCAACUCUGUAUAGCAAGAAAUAAACGAAGAAGAUCGGCAUUAAGGUAUCGUGGUGGUCAGAAAGUUAUUCAAAAGAGAGCAAGGAAAGGGUUUAACAUCAAGUACAAUCCGGACUCGCACUGGAGCAAUGCCCUUUAUUCAUGUUUAGAUGCCCUGCAAUAUCGAGAUGGAACAAAUGUUGUAAACUUAGGAAGAGAUGAUCAAGCUGGGUUUCGUUUAGAUACUCUAGCCACCCAUAGACUUCAUGGUAAUCUCUGUGUAAAAGGCAAAGAAACACUUGCAACAAGGACAGACUACGUCAAUAAAUAUCCGUCCACAUUACAAACAACCUCUUACAAUUUCCCUGGGACAGAAACCACAGGAGAAAUUUGCAUGGGUGUGGUUAAGGCUCCUGUGUUAUUCAGCAAAAACUCUGCCCAGCACUUGGCAGAUCUAGAAGCUAUUUCAAAAAACGAGUGUUCCAAGCCCGCAUUUAUCAACCCAACAACUGGUACAAGAAAAGAAAUAGAGUGUGUCCGCGUCGAUGGCGGGUAUGACGAAGGACCUGCACAUUUGGAAACACAGUACUGGUGGACGUUACAUCACUUGAACUCUGGUAGCCAUGCAUUACUGGUGACAUCUAGGAACGGCGGGGCAAGCUUUCGUAAUCGUGUAGAGUUGCAGAAUGGGUGUCUUGCCCACUCAAAUCUAUUUAUUCCGUCGACGUUAAAUGGGUCUUGUACAUCAGAAGGGGGAAAUGUGAAUAAAUAAGUUUUGAAGAGAAACCUCAACUCAGCAAUUUAUCUAUAUAUUUCUCGUGUGGACGGUGCCCCAUGUGCUUCAACCCAGAUUCAUUUGAUAAGAGGUGCAGAUAAUAAAGCCUACCAAGACGAAAAUGAGCUUCUGAAAGUGUUUUUGAAAGGUAAAAAAGGUGAAAAGGAAGCUUUGGAAAGAGAUCACCCUGAAGCAUAUUCCAAGUUCCAACGUAUAUGGCAACUUCGUAAUAACCAUUUACACAAGGAACUGCCUGCGAAGUAUGUUUUGUACCUUGUUGUUAUGAAAAAACCUGCAUUCACAAGAUAUGCAAGAAAGGAAGGCCCUAAAAAGAAUUGA